AUGAAGGUCGCAGUCCUUGGAGCAACUGGGGAGACGGGUAGUUCAAUUGUGAAUGGACUGCUUGGAUCCUCUGAACCGAAGUUUGAAGUAACCGCUCUUAUUCGACCAAGCUCUCUUCAUAAACCUGAGGUACACGCUUUGGAGAAGAGAGGUGUCAGAAUAGCUGCAGUCGAUCUCAAUGGCCCUGAGAAUGAGAUCGUCGAGCAAGUCACAGGCUUUGAUGUUGUCAUCUCCGCCAUUGUUGCGGAUCGUCUUCUCGAUCAAAUUCCUCUUGCAAAUGCCUUGAAGAAGGCUGGGGUAAAGCGUUUCAUACCUUGUUUCUUCGGAACGGUAAUGCCCGCGAGAGGAAUAUUGUGGUUCCGCGACCAAAAAGAUGAUGUUCUUAACCAUAUCCAAACGCUGUAUUUGCCGUACACGGUCAUUGAUGUCGGCUGGUGGUAUACCUUGCCGCGUCUGCCUUCCGGCCGUAUUGAUGCAGUUGCUAGCCCAUUUGAGAACUGGAUCGAAGGAGAUGGCAAUGUCAAAUCUGCCAUCACGGAUCUCAGGGACAUUGGCAAAUAUGUAGCCCACAUCAUCGCGGAUCCCCGCACCCUCAACCAGAAAGUUUUCGCGUACACGGAGCUUCGCACCCAAAACGAGAUUUAUGAUCUCAUUGAGAACUUGAGCGGAGAAAAGAUAGAAAGAAAAUACAAAUCAGCAGAUGAAAUCGACGCCGAGAUAGAGGCAGCGAAGGAGGACAAGGUCAAUGUCCAUAAGCUUUCCGUACUACAGUAUCGAAAGUCUUGGGGUAUCCGAGGAGACAACACCCCCGAGUAUGCGCGCUACCUGGGUUACCAACUCUCCAAAGAUCUUUAUCCGGAUCUGACUGGAAAUUCUUUUGAGAAUUACUGCAAGGAAGCACUGGCUGGGAAGCUCCAGCCUAUUUACCAGAAGAAGAUCCGUGAGGCUACUGAAGCGGCCCAAAAACAAGCUACCGCAGGAAAGGUCUAA